GUGUCGUAGUAUCACAUUGGUGGGUGCUCAUGUCAUCAAAUAAUAAUCCGCCCAAACCCUCCACGUUAACGGGUCUGUCCGGGAUUCCGAUCUUAGAUACCCAACGGGGGUGAGUCAAGGUUUCGAAAGCUGCAGGGCAGAGAGAGAGAGAGAGAGAGAGAGAGAAUGGGCAGCGGGAAGCAAGAGAAGCGUUCAAAAAGUAGUAGAAGAACCACGAAGAACGAAAACCCUAACAAACGAAAGCGCGUACCACUCGGCCCCAACAGAGCGCUAGCCAAGAAGGAGAAGAAGGCCAAAACCAAGCCCGACAAGAACCACAUCAGCUUAGGCGUAGGAACAGCGGCUGAGCAGCUGAGUUUCUUUGUGGACCAGUACCAAUCGGCCAAUGGCGUUCAGCUUUCGGCGCUCGAGCUCGAAUCCAUCAAAGCUGAUAAAUGCAUUCUGGAGCUAUCUCGAGGCAUGGAUCAAAGUGCUAGCAAUUUAGGCGAACAUAUGAAGGCUGCUUUUGGAUCAUCCUGGAAAGAAGUUCUUUGUGAAAACCAGCUGCUUGAAGGAAAGAUUGAUCCUGGAAGUCCAGCUCUUCUUGUAAUCAGUUUAUCUGCGUUGAGAUCAUUAGAACUUCUUAGGGCUUUCAGGGAUUUGACCAGAGAAUGCUACGCUGCGAAGCUAUUUUCGAAGCAUAUGAAGAUUGAGGACCAGGUGGCCAUUUUAAAGAACCGUGUUAAUAUUGCUUGUGGUACACCAAGCAGGAUUAAGAAGUUGAUUGAUGUGGAGGCACUAGGACUAUCGCGAUUAGCUGUGAUUGUGCUCGACAUGCACACAGACGUUAAGGGUUAUUCCUUGUUCACCCUUCCCCAAGUCAGAGAUGAAUUGUGGGACCUGUAUAAGUGCUACUUGCACCCACGGCUGCUUCAAGGUGAUCUUCGUAUCUGUCUUUAUGGCCCCGUACCAAUUAGCACUUAGGCAAAGAAAAAGGUUCGCGGUGGCAGUUUGUUCGGGUAUGGUGUUCGAGAGCUGACCAUCACGUGUAGUGUAUUCAUUUUUUUAUUAUUGUAAGAGGGGCUUUGUUUGUUACGGCGCAAUACAGCACAAAAUAAUCCCAUGAGUAAAGUGUUUUCUCUCUAUAACUAUUGAACUGGAUAAUGAUUUUGGAAAUUGUUUUUUGUUUUUUGUGCUCAAAA